AUUAUUACUGACAGGUGCUACCAGCUGGCGGGGGUUGGCUGAUUCCUGGAACAGCCAUUCCAAGAUGGCGGAAAACGUGAAAGUUGCAGUUCGGGUUCGGCCUUUUAAUGACCGAGAGAAGGCCCGCAAUGCCACGCUCAUCAUCAACAUGGUGGGGAACACCACCACGAUUAAAGACCCCGCCAACUUGUCGGAGGAGGGGCGCAAGUUCACCUUCGACUUCUCCUAUUGGUCACAUGACGGGUACAGAGAAAGGGAUGAUGGGUACCUAGAAAAGGCCAGUGCGGGGUCCAACUAUGCAGAUCAGUCAAUGGUUUUUGAAGAUCUUGGCAGAGGGGUGCUGGACAAUGCCUGGAAGGGCUACAACUGUUCCCUGUUUGCCUAUGGACAGACUGGUUCAGGAAAGUCCUACUCUAUGGUGGGAUAUGGCAACAACAAAGGUAUUGUACCUAUUACCUGUGAGCAGCUCUUUGUUGGCAUUGAUGAGAAGAAACAGAACCCAGAUGCAAAGGAUGUCGAGUUUCAGGUGUCAGUCAGUAUGCUGGAGAUCUAUAAUGAACAGGUGAGGGAUCUUCUCAACCCAAAAACUGCCAGCAUCAAGGGAGGACUCAAGGUUCGCCAGCAUCCCAGCAAGGGGUUCUAUGUUGAACAGCUUGUCACUGCCCCUGUCAGCAGCUAUGAUGAUAUCGACAGGAAGAUCAACGAAGGGACCAGGAACAGAACAGUGGCUGCAACCAACAUGAAUGCCACCAGCAGUCGAGCCCACACCAUUGUGGCCAUCAACUUUAGCCAGAAGGCCCCAAACGAGGCUGGACAGAGCAUGACCAAAUCCUCAGUCAUCAACCUGGUAGACUUGGCAGGAAGAGGUGGAGGAGAUGAAGAGGUGGAGGAGAUGAAGAGGUCCAUGGAGGAGCAGCUGAGGAGGAACCAGGAGGAGAUGGAGACCAUGAAGAUGACCUGGGAACAACGACUGCAGGAGGAGGCUGCACAGAACCAGGAGAAACUGCAGGCAGAGAGGAGAAAGCAGGAGGAGAUGAAGGUCAUCCCCCACUUCUGGAACCUCAACGAGGACCCCUCUCUGACGGGGAUGGUAGUGCACUUUGUCAGGGAAGGAAACACAAGAGUUGGAAACAAGAAGGCAGACCCUCCCGCUGAUGUUGUUCUGAUUGGACUCAGUAUCCAGGCCGAGCAUGCCUUAGUGAGGAAUGACAACAAUGUGGUGUACCUGAAGCCGGCAGCAGCUGAUGCUAAAGUGUUGGUGAACGGCAAACCUCUCACAACAGAGGAUGGGGAGGAAGAGCUGCACCAUAAUGACAGGGUGAUGUUUGGGUCGAACCACCUGUACGUGUUCCACCACCCCCAGGACCUGGCCAAGCAGGAGAAGUCAGGCAAGAAGGUGGAGAAGGUCACCUACGAGUCCGCACAGGAGGAGAUCGCUCAGAACACAGGCUUUGAUAUGGACAAGGAGGGAAAGUCCAAAAAUGAAAUGCUGCUACAGGAAGACCUGAUCGCCAUGAUGCCCAUGGUGAACGAAGCCAACGCCAUGUCUGAGGAGCUGGACAAGAAGUGUCGGUUUGAGAUCGCUCUGGUGUCGCCCCAGGCACGGGGACUCAAGGAGGGAAGGACAGAGGUCAGUGUUAAGAUGAAGAACCUGGAAAACGGGAAUGACUUCAUGUGGGACCGCAACAAGUUCAUCAACCGCAAGUACCUGAUGCAGGAGAUGUACCAGAACUAUGUGGAGGGGGACGCCAACUGGGAUGUGGAGAAGGACAAGGACCCAUUCUGGGAACCACCUGACACAGAGGUCCUGGUGGGGAGUGUACAUGUCUACCUGCAGAGCCUGGCUUACCUGGUUGAACUUGAGGAGAACUUGGCCAUCACAGACUACCGUGGGGCGGAGAACGGUCACCUGACGGUGGAGAUCGAACCGUGCGCCCAGGACGGCUCGCCUCUCGAGGACGACUUUGUGGAAGACCCACAAGAACUGAUCGGGUCUCCAAUGCACUUCCAGCUCAAAGUACCACAUGCCAGGGGGCUUCCUAAUAAAUAUGUACAGAGCUGUGUGAAAUACAAGUUUUACCUGGAUGAGAAGAGCACCAACACCAACUGGAUCGCAGGUGUCAAUCCAAACUUCCAACACACCAAGCAGUUCUCCUAUAGUCCUGUCACUAAACAGUUUGUGGAGUACCUGAACACCCAGCCCCUGAUCCUGGAGGUGUGGGGGAAACAGACGUCAGCGGCUGACAAACAGCGGGCAAACAUGUCCACCAAACAGAUGGUCGCCAUGGAGAAGGGUGGGCUGAACCUCAACGAGCAAAACCGCAUGGCGCAGAAACGGGUAACCACGCAGGAUGAUGAGGAGAAACAGAAGCUGACCCAGGAAGUCAGCCUCAUGAAGAAGAUGAAUGAGAAAAUGGACAAGAAACUGAUGAUGAUACAGAAACUGGUGGAUGAAGCAAAAGCUGCUGAUUCCAGCACUCUUCAGGUGGAGGAUGUGGACGCCAUCUUAAGCGGAAACUUCUCUCGCAAGUUCAAGGGCACAUCGGGUGUUGUCAAGGAGAUUAAGAAAUACGAGAAGAAGAAGUCCUUACCCAACAUCAACCCCGCCCCGGCCCCCACCCCCAGCACCAACGGACCAGCUUCCUCCAAUGGUCCAGCUGGAGGGAGUGCCCCGCCUGGCAACCAGGCUGCUAAGAGUGCCCCGCCUAGCAACAAGGCUGGGGAUAUGAACAAGAGUACUGCAUGCACUGUGCAGUGAAAAAAAAUCUCGUAAGACAUAAAAAAGACUACCUUCUCUAAUUGAUAUAUGCAUUUGGCAGAUAUGGCCAAGGGGGUGUUGCACCUGCUUUUAGUUUGCCAAGAGUUUUAAAAAUGUGUUCUUUCU